CGGCUAACCCUCCUAUCUGCUCAAUCAGGAAAUAUAUCUACCGCAUGCACACUGCAGGAGCAAAAUCGCUGACCCCGAAUCCAAUUAUCUAGCUUUCCACGUGCAUCAUCGCCUGCCAUCCCACGUCAUACAGAACCAUAACCUCGGGAUGCCGCGAACGACUUCACAAACUUAUCCCUCCUCACCACCGUAUCAAACCCACAAUCCCACACACAUAUACAUCAUCCAUGACAAGUCCUCUACCCUUCCAGGCUCCACGCAUACUCUCCAACACAGCUCGUACAUCACCUCGCCUCCGUUUCACGCCCCUGCCCCGUGCGCCCUCUCCAUUCGCGGAAAAACCGCCACACACGCAUCCCGCGCCCAGCUCCGCGGUACACUCGCAUGCUCACCCGCGUUUGCAUCCCUAAAUAGCACCACCGGCUGCAGAUUCCAGGGUACUUUGGCAUUUCUCCGCGUCCGUGUCGAAUUUCGUUUGCUUCCUUCUGCUACUGAAGAAGGGAAGCGUACCGACGGAGUGCAGGAGCUGGAGGGAAAAGGGUUUGGGGUAUUGCGGUGUUUGGAAGGUUGGGGGGAGGUGUCGAUUGCUGUUAUGAUGACCCUGGUGCGAUAGUGGUGGGGC